AUGGACGUCAUUCACUGCAAAUCGAUCAAUCGUUUCGUUGUCUCUGAAAUUUCUGAACACGAUUGUAUCCCAAUUGUUGCAAAACUACCAAAAAUUGAUGAAGUCGUUGUUGAAUACGAUUGGUCCUUUAACGUUCUUACUGAUAAAGCACUAUUUCAAAAAGAAAAAAGACUUCUCAAAGUUCUGAGAACCGUUUUGUCAGUUUCUUCUGCAGUUACUAUUUCCUAUCGAUUCCAAAACCACAAUCACCUCCGAGAAAUUCUCAAAGGAAAAUUCGACGCCGUGAUUUUAAAGUGGCCCGACAACUGGAUUACUCUUAAUGGUUUGUGGAUUACAAACGCUAAGACACUUGAGAUUCAUACAGUAAAGCUUGACGUGAGAGACCUGAACCGCUAUUUCAAGUUGUGGAUGAAGAACAUAUGUAAUGAUCGACUGGAAUACUUGGUCCUGUACACGUCCUCACGUGGACUACGUUCUUCCGAUCAUGGACGUCACCCACUGCAAGUCAAUUAA